AUGCGGCGCUACUACUCGAGCCACCUCCUGGACUUCGAGACGUUCGCAAAGGGGCUCGACCCAACGCUCGCGGGCGACGACGACGUGGACGGCUGGCUCGCGAAGCUCUUCAAUGCGAGCUUCCUCCCUGGCCGGCAACCGGACUAUGGGGAGAAGGUGCCGGCAGCAUUUGCCGACCGCCACCUGGCCUUCAGCAAGGCUGGCAGGCGGCGGCCCCCCCGGGCCUGGCGCUGCCUGCGGGGCUGGCACCGCUUUGCGCCUGGCCGCUCCAGGCGUCCUCUGCUUCAGGCGGUGUGGAAGGCGAUCGCCGCCGACCUCUGCCUGCGGGGGCACAAGUUGAUGGCCGCGCCCGCCCUCCUGGGCGUGGGGCCUUACUUGCGGCCCCACGAGCUGAUGAAGAUUCAACCCGAGGACCUGCCCCCCCCCCCCGCGCGGGGUGCAUCGGGGCACUUGUCUCUCGUCAUCUGCCCGCAGAACAGGGGCAUCACCACCAAGACGGGGGCGAUGGGCGACAUCGCGGCGCUGGACUGCAAGUGGCAGCUGGAGCCGACGCCGCUAUGGUCUGCGCUGGCGGGGGCCCCCCAGGGCAAGCCCGUCUGGGCGUUCACGUGCCCAGAGCUGGCAAGAAAGUUCAAGGAGACGCGCAGCCAGCUCGGCGCCCCAGCGCCGCCCGACAUGAUGCGGCACAGCGGCCCCAGCAUCGACGGGGCCCUGCAGCUCCGCCCCCUCGACGAGGUGCGCAAGAGGGGGCGCUGGGUAAGCCGCAAGUCGGUCGUUCGGUACGAGACGGCGGCGAGGCUGAGCAAGGCCUGGCACGACCUUCCCUUGGCGACCCGGACGCGCUGCGAGGCGCUCGACGCGCGCCUCGAGGAGCUGCUGCUGCGAGGUGCCAGCCGCGCGGCUGGCGGCACGGAGCGGCGCUGA